AUGAGCGUGUUCACCAUACAACGGCUUUCUGACUUGCUUGCCAGCACGGCAUCAGCUUCGGAUAAGCUGGAUGCCGUGGCCGAACAGGGUGAUUUGCUUUGCCAGUAUCAAGCUUCUGACAAGAAACUGGAGGACCGUCCCAAGCUGCCAAAGGUCCUUUCGAGAAUCAAAGAGGACAAGUCAGCAGCAAAAGAACAGCUGAAAGCUGUCGCUCACAUAAUCCAACAACUGGAUUUCUCGCUCGAUGAUUUCAAGCCCAUCCAGCCUCUACGCCCCUUGGACCCAGCCAGGGAGGUACGCAGCCUGUACGAGGCCAACGGUCUGCAAAAGCCGUUUCUGUGCGAGAACAUGACCGGCCUCAGCGUAUGGGAUUAUAUGGACAGUGCCCUUCCUUUGGAGCACAAGAGAUUGUCGCUCUGUGCCGAUGAAGGGUCCACGCUCUACACGGCUUACCAGUACCUUUGCAGUCAAGGAUUUUGCGUGAUUCUUCAUCGCGAUGCUUUGCGCCUGGGAUGA